GCGUGUGCCUCGAUAUUAGCAAUGGUUCGGCCUCACUAGUAGUUGGUUAGAGUCCCAGACUGCGCUGAGCCGUCUUCUCACUAGUUCGUCGUUGCUAGAGCCAAGCAGCUUAUUCAGCUUCAACUGCCAAGUAUAGCUUGCCAGGAUCCGGCUCUACGAGCGGUCGCUAACCGAGUGUAACCUCGUCAGCCUCCUGUUCUGAAUCUGUCUAGCCGAUUCACUUCAGCCAUGGCAGUUUACCGCGCUGUUGAGGUAUGGAGGGUUGACGGAGUUCAGUAAACACGGCCGCGCAGGCAGCUCAAGGCAGAGUUCACAGCGCCAUCCCGCGCCAAGCUUGUUUCCCGGCUGGAGCUUCAGCUUCUUACACCUAGAUUCUGACUGCAUCUUCAUCGUCAUCCCAGUAUCAGGCCUCUCGACGCUUCACGACUACAGCUGACGGUUCUCCUGGUGUUCUCGUCCCCCCUGAAAGCGACGGCUAGCCUUCGUUCAGCUCGAUCGUCCCGGAUCUUGUCGCGCGGAUCCUUUCCGCUCCACCGUCCUCUCACUGAGAGAAAGUCUCACCAGAUCGUCUUCUAACGCGACAAGUGGAGCUGUCUGCUGGUGAUUUGCCGCGUUUCUCCAGCAGCGUCCAUCGCAGCCAUGCUGUCGGCGAGCUUCAAUCGCCUGGUGGAGGCGGCGAUCGUGCCGUUCGCGAGGUGCUCACUCUCGCCGCCUUCGGCUACCUCCUCGCGCUGCCCGGCGUCAACGUGCUCACCGACAAAGCCCGGCGCUGCUCGGAAAGCUCGUCUUCGCGCUAUUCCUCCCAUGCCUCAUCUUCGCUUACCUGGGGGAUACGCUGACGCUAGAGCGCAUGCGGCUCUGGUGGUUCAUCCCCGUUAACGUCCAUCAUCGCUGCUGUUUCUGGCUGCUUCAUGGGCCUGCUGGUCGUCGCGUUUGCCCGCCCGCCGCCCCGCUUUUACCGCUUGACGAUCGUUAUGACGGGGAUUGGCAACAUCGGCAACAUCCCCCUCGCUAUAGUCAACUCCAUUUGCAGGCGGAAGGUGGACAACCCGUUCGGGUCCCCUGCGGAGUGCCACCAUCACGGCG